AUGAGUGAUUUUGAUUCUGAUGAAGAAAUGUUGUUUUUGGCUACAAUUGUUGAAGCAGAAGAACAAGAACAAGAAUAUAAGCGAAAACACAAAAUGUGGGUGCAUGAAAUAAAUACCAAAAGACAUAUAUUUGGCGAACAUCACCAUCUAUUUCCAGAUCUUUUGAGAGACCAAAAAAAAUUUUUUAAAUAUUUUAGAAUGUCACCGGAAAAAUUUUAUGAACUUCUUGAACUCGUCAAGAAUGAUAUUGAAAAGAUGGACACCACAUUUCGAAGGGCAAUACCUCCUGAGGAAAGACUUUCCAUAUGUUUAAGAUUUUUGGCUACUGGAGAUACAUUUAUCACAAUUGCAUUCAGUUAUAGAGUAGGAGAAAAAUCUGUACGAAGAAUAAUAUACGAAACUUGUGAAGCAAUUUGGAAGAACCUUUCACCAAUUUACAUGAGUCCACCCAACCAAGAACAAUGGCAGAAAAUUGAAGAAGGGUUUAGAACUAGAUGGAACUUUCCAAAUUGUGUUGGUUCUAUUGACGGUAAAUAUGUGGUCAUAAAUAAACCAUAUCAUAGUGGCUCCUUAUACUUCAACUAUAAAAAAAUGUGUAGCUUGGUGCUCAUGGCAGUUGUUGACGCUGAAUGCAAGUUUAUUAUGGUUGAUGUUGGAGGAUAUGGUAAAAACAGCGAUGGGAGUAUUUUUGCCAAUUCUAACUUCGGCGAAAGACUUCGAGAAGAAAAAUUAGAUUUUCCUAAUGAUAAGUCAUUACCAGGUACUGAAGAACCUAUGCCUCAUGUCAUUGUAGGGGAUGAGGCAUUUCCUCUUCAUAAAAACCUAAUGAGACCUUAUCCUGGUAAUGCACUUUUAAACAAUGAGGGUAACAAAAUAUUCAAUUAUAGGCUGAGCCGAGCAAGAAACACUAGUGAAGAUGCUUUUGGUAUUCUCAGUAAACGAUUUCGUGUAUAUCAAAGAAGACUUGAAAUGAAACCCAUAUAUGUAAAUAAAAUUGUCAGGGCCACAUGUUGUCUACAUAACUUUUUGAAGUCGGAUAGUCCUAGGUUAUUGGCAGAAGUAAUAGAGGAUGAAAAGAAUACUACAGUUUCUGAACAUGGCGCUCUACAAAACUUAAGAAAUGUUGGAGGUGCAUUUGCUGGAAUUAGUUACGCCACUAGGGAGAAGUUCAGGGACUAUUUUUUGUCUCCAAAUGGGUCAGUAGAAUGGCAAAAUCGAGUUGUUCGUGAGGGAAGGCGAUACAAUUGA